GGUAAAAUGGUAAACGUAGCCUUCGUGUCAAUUUUUUUAGUUUCAAUUUAUUGUCAAACCCUUGCAGUUGAAGAAUGUUAUGUCUGUCUCGACCAAUGCACAGAGGUCCAAGUCCAUAAAUGUAAAGACGAUUUUUCAAAACAUGUCAAAAUGAACUGUUUCACCAUUGAAGUUAUUUUUCACGACACAAAAACGGUUGAAAAAGGUUGCCUUCCGACUGAAACAGUUGAAAAUGCCUGUAAAAAAGUGAACCAAAUUGAAGGAACAACUUGUACCACUUGUGACAGUAAUUUAUGCAAUGAAGGUUCCAGGGGAGAAAUGGUUAAACCAGUUCUAACAAUCGUGAUUUCCCUAACUUUAAUGUUUUUCACUAAUGUUUAAACAAUAAGUUUACGAUUUGGCUAUUUAGUGGUUAAAUUAUAACUGCCGAGAGGUUUGCGACUAGACUAUUUUAACUUUUCAGGUUUUUAAUAAAAAAAUAUGUUAAUGAAAACAAAUGUUAUACUGAAAUAAAGUGGGAAAUUAUAGGAGUGA